AUGGUUUGUUCGGAAUUCGAAUAUUCGAUCAAUGGAUAUUUGAUAAGAUGCAAGUCGAAGUUUGCGAAUUUGGAGGAUUUGGAAUUUGAGGCGGUGAGGAAAAGUUUGGAGUUGGGAUAACUUGGGGGAACCUUGUGGGGGAGAAGGAGCUUCAGAGGAGCUUUUCACGAAUUUUUUCUGGUCCAAAAUUUUAGAUUUUCAAAUUUUAAAGGUACAUGAACCUCAGAUUUGCCACGUGGAAUUAGAUUUUAUUUUGAACUGAAAAUUUCCUGGCUCUGAAAAUAGUUAUUUUCACAAUUUUUACGAUUUUCUAAAAGAGUUGGGACCCGUGGAAUUUUGACCAGCCACGUGGAACUGUUCACCAAUUUUUUCUGAUCCAAAAAUUUAGAUUUUUUCAAAAAUUUAAAGGUACAUGAACCUCAGAUUUGCCACGUGGAAUUUGGAUUUGAUUUUUAAAUUUGAUUUUUUUGAACUUAAAGUUUCCUGGCUCUAAAAAUGAUGAGUAUCAGACUUUUUUAAUGAGCCACGUGGCUUUUUGCACCAAUUUUUGAGCUAAUAAAUAUCAAUUUUCUGAAUUUUGAAGAUCAAAAAAUCAAAUUUUAAGCUUCUAAAUUCAAUUUUUAGUCGAAACUACUAAUUGCCACGUGGAAAAAUUGAGCUGAAAAAUAAAAAAUGUAAUUUUUGAAAAAUUACUGAAGCUUGUUGCCACGUGGCAUAAUUUUCGAAAAUAAAACACUCUUUGCGAAACAUAGUUGUGACGUCAUUGUUGGAUUUUACGAUCUCAAACUUAAUUUUUUAAAAAAUCAAUUUUCAGAAUUUUGUAGCUGAAAAAAUCAAUUUUAAGCUUAUAAUUAUCAUUGAAAGUAGUUAAUUGGCAGGUGGCAAAAUUAAAUUUUGAUUUUAAAAAAAUCAACGAAGCUGAAAACUGAUAGUGACGUCAUUUUUUAAUGAAAAAAAAGUUUUCCUAACUCUGCCACGUGGUUUUUCAAAAUUUCCCAGCCUAUUCCUCCUUCAAAAAAAUUCAUUUUUUGUGCCAUUCAAUCGUGCGAACCAUUAUCGAUUUCAACACAAAAUAUAUGCAUGUUUUUCGAUAUUUUCUCUCUUUUUAUGUGUCCUUUUUUCUUCCAAAACCAAACAAAACAAAACAAAAAUCCAUUUUUCUCGUCAUCUUUUUCAUCCUAAAUCUCUUUUUUUUCGCCACAAUUUUUUUAUCAGAUUUGCCCUGAGCCGGAGAAACAAAAUACUCAUUUUUCUCCCGUCUUAGUCUUUUUUAGUGAGUGUGUAUCCAGUUUCUUCUUUUUGAAGCUGGAAGAAGAAGCGGAAAACGAGCAAAAAUGAAUAAUAAACAAGCUGCUAUAGCUUCAUCGAGAAAUAAGGUGAGUUGAUUUUGUGAGGUGAAGAAAAAGUGUGCCAGGGUUGCAGAAGGGGGCGGGGUUUGUCUGAAAAAAAAACUGUGCCAGGCUUGCAUUUUCCAAGAGCCACACUUUUUUAUGCCCUCUAGAUGCGGCUACUUAAGAACUAGGCUCUCUAGGCGACGAUCCUUGUCAAGGUGUAUCUCUCGGUGCGUCUCCUGCACAAUUAGGUUCUGUAGGUGUGGCUACUUGAGAACUAGGCUCUCAAGGCGCUGAUUCUUUUGAGCUCAUGUUUGAGCUCUUAAGGCGCAGCUCCUUGUCAAGGUGAAUCUCUCGGCGCGGCUCCUACACAAUUAGGUUCUGUAGGUGUGGCUACUUGAGAACUAGGCUCUCAAGGCACCGAUCCUUGACACUCAGAAUUUGUAGAUUUGUAGACGAACCUACCAACUACUGUAGCUAUUGUUUAAUACCUCUACAGUACCUUUUGGAAGCUGAAGUACUCCUCAAUUGUUUGGCAACCUACAGUAACCCUUUAUCUACAGUACCCCAUUUGCAGUACUACAAAAAAGUGCCACGCCCAUUUUCUUCCAAAUUUCGCAAUUUUUCCUCAUGUGAUGAAUCAGAAAUCAUUCAAACCCUACAGUACCCCGCAUCCCCGCGAAGAAAAACGGCGAAAUCGAAUUAAAAAUCAUGAUGAUUUUCGCAAAUUUUUAUGAUUCUCUUCUUUUUUCUACACGGUGUGUUGUUGUUUUCGCGCCAUAAAAUUAUCCUAUAAAAUUUGCGGUGCCCCCACACAAAAAUUGUCAGAUUUUUUUCGUGCGGCCACAAAAAAUGGGCAGAUUUCGAAAAAAAUCGAAAAAAAAUCGUGAGGAAUGCGAUUGUCAACCGUGUAGGAAGGAGAGAGAAGAGGUGGGUUACUGUAGGCGGCGAGUACUGUAGUUAGGACUAGGGUACUGUAUUCAGUUUUAGAGUAGUACUGUAGUUGUUCAAGAAAUUUGUGCCACUUGAAAUGUGGAACUUUAUUGGAUUACUGUAGAUGGGGUACUGUAGAUCAAAGGUUACUGCUGUAGGUUGCCAAAAAAUAUGAGUGCUAUGUGGGGUACUGUAGUUAGGACUGGGGUACUGUAGUUGUACCUUUUUUCAGAUUUAUUUGAAGGUACUGUGUAGAUACCAAUUCUUAACUACAGUAUCCUCAGCAAGUUUCAAGCUACAGUAAUUCUUAUGAGGUACUGUAGUUUGAUAUACUGUACAGGAUUUUAAAUUCCAAAUUGCCGUUACCAAAAGGUACUGUAGAGGUAUCAAACAAUAGCUACAGUACCUCUUAGACUCUACAGUACUCCUCGAGAUUUUCGCCAUAAAAAUCAUACAUUUUUUGACAUAUAUCUUUUUUUCCUAAUCCUCAGCUUCUUCUUUUGGUGAAGCCAAAAAAAACGCAUUUUUGGUUUCUGGCUCUUUUUUUGGCUCAACUCAUGCAUUUUUUUUCAUUUCUUCUAUAUUUUUAGUUAGUACUAGUUGUAUUUUUUAGAAAAAUGUUUUUUUCCCAAGAUUUUUCUCAAAACACAAAAAAUUAUAAUAAUAUAUAAUUUGAUUAUGGGAAUUUUUCGGGGGAAAAAAGAAAGAAGAAAUUGCGAGAAAAAUUUUUUUUUUGCAAUUUUUGGAAGUGCUUUUUUUGGAAAAGGAAGGGAAAAAAAUAGAAAAAAAAAAUGAAAUUUGAGAAAAGUGCACUUUUUUUUGAGGCUCAAUUUUUUUUCUGAAAUUUUUUUUUUGAGCUUUAAAAUUUAUUGGGGAAAAAAAGAAAAGCCCAUGGGAAUUUUAGCGACAUUUUUUUCCUGGGAAAAUUUUCACUGUUUCAAAAAAACCCUAACUUGGAAAUUUGAAAAAAAAACUAAUUUGUAAGCUAACCUAAAAACGUGGCAAUGUUUUUCUGAAAAUCUGAAAUUUGGAAAAAUCCACGUGGCUUUUUGAAAGUUAUUAUAACUUUUAUUGGCUCAAAGUUCAAAUUUUUGCCGAAAUUCAAUUUCAGAUUUUCAGUUUUCAAACAUUUUCAAAAGAGUUUUGGAAAUUCCGAAAAUAAAUCCACGUGGCAUUUUGAAAGUUAGUAUAACUUUUAUUGGCUCCAGAUUUUCACAUACUGAAAAUUCAGCUUUCAAAAAUUUACUUGGAAUUUUUUUUUGCUGAAAUUCAAUUUCAGAUUUUGAGUUUUCAAACAUUUUUGAAAGAGUUUUAGAAAUUCUGAAGCCUUUUUUUUUAAUUUUCUGGAAAUAUAUGAAGCUGUAAAAUUUUUUCUGAUAAAAAUUUGUGAAUUUAAAAUUUGAAAAGUAAAUUUUUUCCAAAAUUUCUAAAUAUUUUCCUCGUUGUUGUUUACAACUCCCCCGUCCUUCCACCUCUCGUUUUUCUCAUUCUCAACGAAAAAAAAUGUUUUCUUUUUUUUGCUUGUGGAAAAUUGCGCCCGUUUAUCCACCCUUCUUCUACUUCUUCUUCUUCCACAACAUUUUUUUCCCUCACGAAAAAAAGAGGCGAAAAAAGGCGCGCAAAAAUCGGUGCGCGAGAGACGAGAAGGAGAAGAAGCUCUUCUCGCUCUGCGCAACUCCCAAAAUCGAUUUUCUCAUCUAGAAAAGAAGAAGAAGAAGACGAGGCUCUUUUUGUAUGUGCUCAUUUUUCGCCUCCCCCUAUUUUUCUUCUUUUUUUUUGAAGAAGAAGAAGAAGUAUACGAAAAGUUUUCGAUUUUUCAAUUUUUUCAUGCUCCACGGCACAAAAAAAAACAUAAUUUUUACUGAUAAGAAAUUUUUUUUUUAAUUUUAUUUUGAAAAAAUUUCAGAUGGCGGCUGGCGGUGCUCAACAACAACAACAAGGCGGACAACCUGAUCAGAAUUUUGAUUAUAUGUUCAAGGUGAGUUGGGCUAUAUCAAUUUUGGCCCCAGAAAUUUUGUGUUAGGAAAUUGGGCUACAGCAAUCGCUCCUGAAUUAAUUACAUGUAAUUUUCUCGAUUUUCUCGAAUGAAAAAUCUGUGUUUUGAGCGUUUUUGGCUGAUCAAAAAACAUGGCUCAAAUUUCGAUGAAAAAUAUACGUUUCAGGAAAAAUUGAACACAGGGUUAUGUGUUUUUUGAAACAGUAACUUUUGUAGAUCACAGUUUCAUGUGAAAAAGAUUUUUUUUUUCUGAAACAGAAAAUUAUAUAUUACUAAUUUUGAAAAAUCACAAAAAAAUUUAUUAAUUUUUUGAAACAGUGAAUUUUCUCAAAUCAGAAUUUUUGGUGAAAAUUAUUUUAUUUUUGAUUCAAAAACAUUUUCACAAGUGAAUUUUCAUAAUUAUUUGUAUUUUCAGAUUUUUCACUAAAAUAAAUACGCAUUUUGGAAAAUACUAAUUUUGAAAAUAAAUUUUAAAAAAUUAUAAAUUUUUUGAAACAGUGAACUUUUUUUUCAAAUUUCUAUUAAAUUCUAAAUUUCAAAAAUUUUCUGUAGUAUACAAAAUUAAUAAUUUUGUCUGAAAAUAAUUUUAUUUCCAGAUUUUUCACAAAAAUUGCCUCAGUACCAGAAGAAAAACUAAUUUUCCAAAAAUCACAAAAAAAAAUAUAAUUUUUUGAAACAGUGAAUUUUUCUCAAAUCAAAAUUUUUGGUGAAAAUUAUUUUAUUUUUGAUUCAAAAACAAUUUCACAAAUGAAUUUCAUAAUUAUUUGUAUUUUCAGAUUUUUCACUAAAAUAAAUACGCAUUUUGGACAAUACUAUAUUUUAGAAUAAAUUUUAAAAAAUUAUUAAUUUUUUGAAACAGUGAUAUUUUUCCAAUCAGAAUUUUUAGUGAAAAUUAUUUUAUUAUUGAUUCAAAAACAUUUUCACAAGUGAAUUUCAUAAUUAUUUGUAUUUUCAGAUUUUUCACUAAAAUAAAUACUUUGUAUGGAAAGUACUAAGUUUGAAAAUUAACAAAAAAAAUUAUAAAUUUUUUGAAACAGUGAAUUUUUUUUCGAAUUUCUGUUAAAAUCUAAAUUUCAACAAUUUUCAGUAGUAAACAAAAUUUAUUAAUUUGUCUGAAAAUAAUUGUAUUUCUAGAUUUUUCACCAAACUUGCCUCUUUUUGUUAGAUUUAAAACACACUAAGAAACUAAUUUUGAAAAAUCACAAAAAAAUUUAUUAAUUUUUUGAAACAGUGAUUUUUUGCCAAUCAGAACUUUUGGUGAAAAUUACUUUAUUUUUGAUUCAAAAACAUUUUCAGAAGUGAAUUUCAUAAUUAUUUGUAUUUUCAGAGAUUUUUCACUAAAAUAUUUAAAAAAAAAUAUUUUUCACUAAAAUCGAUACAUUUUAUGGAAACUACUGAAUUUCAAAAAGUCACAAAAAAAUUAUAAAUUUUUUGAAACAGUGAAUUUUUCCCGAAUAAAUUUUUAGAUUAAAAAAAACAGUUUUUAAAAUUUUGCGCUGGGGAAAGUAAAUUUAGCACAAUUCAAUUUUCUUACAGCUCCUCAUUAUUGGAAAUUCAUCAGUGGGAAAAACUUCGUUCCUCUUCAGAUAUUGCGAUGAUUCUUUCACAUCAGCAUUCGUUUCGACUGUCGGAAUCGAUUUUAAAGUCAAGACUGUUUUCCGGGGCGAUAAGAGGGUUAAACUUCAGAUUUGGGUGAGUUCUUGGAUUUUUUUCUAAAAAUUUCAAGUUUUUGACCAGAAAAACUCCCAAAAAAAAUUUUCAGGACACAGCCGGUCAAGAGCGUUACCGUACCAUUACAACCGCCUACUAUCGCGGUGCGAUGGGUUUCAUUUUGAUGUACGACAUCACAAAUGAGGAAUCGUUCAAUAGUGUUCAAGAUUGGUGUACACAAAUCAAGACGUAUUCGUGGGAAAAUGCGCAAGUUGUGUUGGUGGGAAAUAAGUGCGAUAUGGAUUCAGAAAGAGUUGUGUCGAUGGAUCGAGGAAGGCAAUUGGCUAGUCAAUUGGGUUAGUUGAGUUAAUUAGUGCUAGAAGAAACUAAUUAGGGCUGGAAUUGGGGUCAAAAUGAUACCAAAUAAGGUUAGGGUUAGAGAAAAAAAUUACCAAGAAUUCAAGUCAAAAAAAUUAUGAUAAUAAAACUUUUAACAAAAAAUUUCGAUUCAAAAAAUGUCAAAAAACUAUAUACAUUUCCACACGAAAUUAAAAAAUAUCUCGCAGCGAAAAUGAAAAAAAAAUGUCAGAAAAUAAAAAAAAAAUAUAAUUUUUUGUCACCAGAAAUACAUCCAAUUAAAAUUUUUGAAACAGUAGAUUUUUUUGUGAAAAUAAUUUGUAAAUAAAAAUUUCCCGGGUAGUUAUGACGUGGAUUUUUCGAUUCUUUUAAUUUGUUAGCAAAUGAUUAAAAUAAAUUAUAUAUUCAAGAAAUUUCUGAAACAGUAGAUUUUUUUUUAUUCAAAAAUUCAAAUGUUGCGUCUUCCCGCUGCUGAAAAAUUCUCAAUAGAGCGCGAAUGCGGAAAAUUUGAAUUUUCAAAAAAUAUAGGUCGAUUAUUUCGUUCAACUUGAAAAAUUAUCGAUUUUUUUGUAAGAAAAAAUCCACCUCAUAACUACUGGGAAAAUUUUUAUUUCAAAAAAAAUCUACUGUUUCAAAAAUUUCUUGAAUAUUAGGUUAAUUUUUAUCGUUUGCUAACAAUUUAAUUUGUGAAGAUCGAAAAAUCCACGUCAUAAUAAUUACCCGGAAAAUGUUUCUUGAAAAAAUCUACUGUUUCAAAAAUUUCUUGAAUACUUAAUUUAUUCUUCUCAUUCGCUAAAUGUUUAGUACAACCGAAUUUGUGAGAAUCGAAAAAUCCAGGUCAUAACUACUGGUAAAUUUUUAUUUAAAAAAAAAAUCUACUGUUUCAAAAAUCUCUUAAAUAUUUAAUUCAUUCUUCUCAUUUGAUAUUCUCCCAAUAUCAGACAUGUACAAAUUCAAAUAGUUGAAAUUCCACGUCAUAGCUCAAAAUUUUUCAAAAAAAAAUCUACUGUUUCAAAAAUUUCUUGUAUAUUUAAUGUAUUUUUCUCAUUCGCUAAUCGGUAAGUAGUUGUACGAUUUACAAAUUUUAAUUUAAAAAAUUUUAAAUUUAAAAUUAAAAUUUGUGAAAAUCGAAAAAACCACGUCAUAACUACUCGGAAAAUUUUUCAAAAAAAAUCUACUGUUUCAGAAAUUUCUUGAAUAUUUUAUUCAUUUUUCUCAUUCGCUAAUUGGUUAGUUGUAGGAAUUUACUUGUGAAAAUCGAAAAAUCCACGUCAUAACUACUGGGAAAAUUUUUAUUUCAAAAAAAAUCUACUGUUUCAAAAAUUUCUUGAAUAUUAAGUUGAUUUUUAUCGUUUGCUAACAAUUUAAUUUGUGAAGAUCGAAAAAUCCACGUCAUAAUAAUUACCCGGAAAAUUUUUCAAAAAAAUAAUCUACUGUUUAAAAAAUUUCUUGAAUAUUUGAUUGAUUUUCGUCAUUCGCUAAUUGCUUAGGUGAAAAUCGAAAAAUCCACGUCAUAACUACUGGGAAAAUUACUGUUUCAAAAAUUUCUGGAAUAUUUAAUUUAUUCUUCUCAUUUGCUAUUUCAGCAAAACUGCGAAAAUCCACGUCACCUGAACCCAAAAUCCCUAUUUCCAGGUUUGGAAUUCUUCGAAACAUCGGCCAAAGAAAACAUCAACGUAAAAGCGGUAUUCGAGAAGCUCGUCGAAAUCAUUUGCGAUAAAAUGGCCGAAAGUCUCGACAAAGACAACGCUCAACAACCGCCAAAAGGACAAAAAUUGGACGCGAACACCACUCAAAAACCGGCUCAACAACAAUGUAAUUGCUGA